CGCUGGCGGCCUGGGAAGGAGGACUAUGAAGCUUCCGAACAUCCUGCUCACCGGUACACCCAGGGUUGGAAAAACCACACUAGGCAAAGAACUUGCGUCAAGAUCAGGACUGAAGUACGUUAAUGUGGGUGAUUUAGCUCAAGAAGGGCAGUUGUAUGACGGCUACGAUGAAGAGUACGGUUGUCCCAUUUUAGAUGAAGAUCGAGUCGUUGAUGAGUUAGAGAGUCAGAUGAGCGAAGGCGGCGUUAUCGUUGAUUACCAUGGUUGUGAUUUCUUUCCUGAACACUUGUUUCAUAUAGUUUUUGUGUUGAGAACAGAUAAUAGUAUACUGUACAAAAGACUUGAAACACGGGGUUAUAAUGCGAAGAAACUACAAGACAACAUUCAGUGUGAGAUUUUCCAAAUUCUUUAUGAAGAAGCCAGAGCAUCUUACAGAGAAGAAAUUGUGCACCAGCUGCCCAGUAAUGAACCAGAGCAGCUAGAGGAUAAUAACAUCAACCAGAUCUCAAAGUGGAUUGAGCAGUGGGUCAAAGAUCAUAACUCUUGA